AUGGCGGCGGCCGCGGCGCACAGCGUCCGUGUGCUGCGGGAGCUGAACCGGCAGCGCGCCGCGGGGCUCUUCUGCGACGCCACGCUGGGGGUGGGCGGCCGCGAGUUCCGCGCGCACUGGCCCGUGCUCGCCAGCUGCUCCCGCUUCUUCCGCGCCCGCGGGCCCGGCGGCCCCGUGGCGCUGCCCGACGGCCUCGCCGACACCUUCCAGCUCCUCCUCGACUUCUUCUACACCGGGCGCCUGGCGCUCACCGCGCACAACCGCGCCCGCCUGCUGGCCGCGGCCGAGCAGCUCGGCGUGCCCGACGCCGUGGCCCUGUGCCGCGCCUUCCGCCCCGCCGCGCCCCGACAGCGGCCCCGCCGCGCGCGCCCCGCCCGGACACCGCGGUGCGUGAAGGGGACUGCGGGGUGGUGGUGGUGGUGGUGGGGGGCGCCCCGCGGGGCGGGAGCGAUGACGCCGCCGGUUCCAUCGCAGGGCACCCCCCCGGCCCCGGAGGAGGCGGCGGCGGCGGCGGGCGGCGGCGAGGCCGUACCCGAGAAGAAGGCGCUGCGGGGCAAAAGGAGCCCCCCGCCGGGCAGCGCGGGCAGCGGGAGAGGUGCAGCGGUGCCGGUUGAGUGCCCCACGUGCCAUAAAACCUUCCUCAGCAAAUACUACCUGAAAGUGCACAACAGGAAACACACUGGAGAGAAGCCGUUUGAGUGUUCCAAAUGUGGCAAAUGUUACUUUAGGAAAGAGAACCUCCUGGAACACGAGGCCAGGAACUGCAUGAACCGAUCCGAGCAGGCUUUCACGUGUUCAGUGUGCCAGGAGGUGUUCAAGAGGCGGAUGGAGCUGCGGCUGCACAUGGUGUCACACACGGGGGACAUGCCAUACAAGUGCUCCUCCUGCGCCCAGCAGUUCAUGCAGAAGAAGGACCUGCAGAGCCACAUGAUAAAGCUGCACGGCGCACCGAAGCCCCACGCGUGCUCGACCUGCUCCAAGUGCUUUCUGUCUCGGACAGAGCUGCGCCUGCACGAGGCCUUCAAGCACCGGGGAGAGAAGCUGUUUGUCUGCGAGGAGUGCGGGCACAGGGCCUCGAGUCGCAAUGGCCUGCAGAUGCACAUCAAGGCCAAGCACAGGAACGAGCGGCCCUACGUCUGCGAGUUCUGCCACCACGCCUUCACCCAGAAAGCCAACCUCAACAUGCACCUGCGCACUCACACGGGCGAGAAGCCCUUCCAGUGCCACCUCUGUGGCAAGACCUUCAGGACACAAGCAAGCCUGGACAAGCACAACCGGACCCACACCGGGGAGCGCCCCUUCGGCUGCGAGUUCUGCGAGCAGCGCUUCACGGAGAAGGGGCCGCUGCUGAGGCACGUGGCCAGCCGGCACCAGGAGGGGCGGCCCCACUUCUGCCAGAUCUGCAGCAAGACCUUCAAAGCCGUCGAGCAGCUCCGCGUCCACGUCCGCCGGCACAGGGGCAUGAGGAAGUUCGAGUGCACCGAGUGUGGAUACAAGUUCACGCGGCAGGCUCACCUGAGGCGCCACAUGGAGAUCCAUGACCGCGUGGAGAACUACAACCCGCGGCAGCGGAAGCUGCGGAACCUGGUCAUCGAGGACGAGAAGGCCGUGGUGUUGGCGCUGCAGCCGCCACCGGAGCUGGACGUGGGCUCGGCCGAGGUGAUCGUGGAGUCCCUGUCCCGCGGCGCCCUGCCUGAGGACAUCCCCGUGCAGAGACUCUGCUCCAAUGAGAACUUCUCCCCAGGGGAUGUGAUGGAGCAGGCGCUGAUCCUAACGACGACAGAUCCCGAGGGCUGUGGCACAUAGCGGGACCCGGCGCA